AUGGAAGACGUAGGAAUGGAGAUUCAAAGAGAGGAGCCAACCUUCGAGUCUGUCGUGACUGAGAAGGCCGCUCUCCAUAAAGAAUUACAAGAGGAGGAUUUAUAUACCAAAUACAAGAAGCUCGCGCGUCAUCUAGAGCUCUUCGACAUCCAGGAAAGCUACAUAAAGGACGAGCAAGCGAAUCUCAAACGCGAGCUCAUUCGCGCUCAGGAAGAGGUGAAGCGCAUUAAAUCUGUCCCACUCGUCAUCGGGCAAUUCCUCGAAGCAAUUGACCAGCACACUGGUAUCGUGGGUUCGACCACCGGCUCGAAUUAUGUCGUGCGCAUUUUGUCGACAUUGGACCGAGAGCUGCUCAAGCCUUCGUCGUCUGUUGCCCUUCACCGGCAUUCAAAUGCCCUUGUGGACAUCCUUCCUCCAGAGGCCGACUCAUCAAUAGCCAUGCUUGGAAAGGAGGAAAAGCCUGAUGUGUCUUAUUCAGAUAUCGGUGGAAUGGACUUGCAGAAGCAGGAAAUACGUGAAGCGGUUGAGCUUCCCCUCACGCAUUUCGACCUUUAUAAAAAGAUUGGUAUCGACCCGCCUCGCGGUGUCUUGCUUUAUGGACCACCUGGCACGGGUAAGACUAUGCUUGUGAAAGCAGUCGCACAUCACACGACUGCGUCUUUCAUUCGCGUGGUUGGUAGUGAAUUCGUGCAGAAAUAUCUGGGAGAAGGCCCUCGUAUGGUCCGUGACGUCUUCCGACUUGCCAGGGAGAAUGCCCCUGCCAUCAUCUUCAUUGACGAGAUAGAUGCCAUUGCGACCAAGCGGUUCGACGCUCAAACAGGAGCGGACAGAGAAGUACAGCGUAUUCUGCUGGAGCUUCUUAAUCAGAUGGAUGGUUUCGACCAAGGAAGCAACGUCAAGGUCAUUAUGGCCACGAACCGCGCAGACACGCUUGAUCCUGCUUUGCUUCGUCCUGGUCGGCUGGACAGGAAGAUUGAAUUCCCCCUACCAUCGAGGCGUGAAAAACGUCUUAUAUUCCAGGCUGUGACUAGUAAAAUGAAUCUUGGCCCAGACGUAGACCUCGAGGAUUAUGUGUCAAGACCAGACCGGUUAUCUUCCGCAGAAAUAUCUUCUAUUGCACAGGCAGCUGGACUUCAAGCUGUGCGGAAGAAUAGAUAUGUUAUUCUUCCUGUUGAUUUCGAAGAGGCGUGGAAACAAACCGUCAAACGCUCAGACGAUACUCACGAGUUUUGUGAGUCCUUCUCAUUCAUCUGUCCGCGAUGCAUGAUACUUACGUCACGUCGUCAAUCCAGAUCGGUAGUAUAUGCAUCGUAA